UUGGUAUUGAUUCGUCCUGACUUAGCUCUUAUUCUUGCUUCUUCCAUCUUCUCCCCCUGUAGAUAAAAGACAGAAAAUAGAGACGACCACAGCAAAAGCAGCGAGAGAAGAAUAGGCCAUGGCUGAGGGGAUGAUUGCUUCUCAAAGUGAGCCGUGACAGAAUGGUCGACUGUAUGAGCAAAGUCAUGCUGCACACGGUCGUGUCAUGCUGGCAGCCGUUCCUGGGACUGGCCCUCGUGGCCGUCUUCGUGGGAUCCACCCUGGGAUGUCCCUCGCGCUGCGAGUGCUCGGCGCAGAGCAAGGCGGUCGUCUGCCACCGCAAGCGAAUGCCGAGUAUCCCCGACGGCAUCCCGACCGAGACCAGGAUCCUGGACCUGAGCAAGAACAAGCUGACGAUGAUCAACCCUGAUGACUUUAUUAAUUUUCCCGGGCUGGAGGAACUUGACCUCAGUGGAAAUGUUAUCAGCUAUGUUGAGCCCGGAGCUUUUAAUGCUCUGUUUAACAUGCACUCGCUCACUCUCAAGAGCAAUCGAAUCAAGCUCAUUCCACUGGGCGUCUUCACAGGCCUGACGAAUCUCACCCGACUGGAUAUAAGCGACAACAAGAUCGUCAUCCUCUUGGAUUACAUGUUCCAGGACUUGCACAAUCUGAGGUUUCUGGAAGUGGGUGACAAUGACCUGGUUUACAUUUCUCACCGUGCGUUCAGUGGACUUCUAAGCCUGGAGAUUCUGACCCUAGAAAGGUGUAACCUUACAGUCGUACCCACUGAGGCCCUUUCCCACCUGCACAAUCUGGUCAGCCUCCAUCUACGAUACCUCAGCAUUAGCACUUUGCAUCCGUACUCCUUCAAGAAACUCUUUCAGCUGCGGCACUUAGAAAUCGAUAACUGGCCCUCGCUCGACCACGUGCCGGCAAACACGCUGCACGGCCUCAACCUGACGACGUUGUACAUAACCAACACCAACCUGUCCUCCUUUCCCUACCAGGCCCUGAAGCAUCUGCCCUACCUGACACAUCUCAACCUGUCCUACAACCGGAUCAGGCACAUUGAGGGAGGCAUGCUGAUGGAGCUGGUUCGCCUGAGAGAGCUGCAUUUGGUCGGGGCUCAGCUGGCCACCAUCGAGCCGUACGCCUUCCAGGGUCUGCGGGGCCUCAAGGUCCUCAACGUGUCACACAACCGACUGGACACGCUGGAGAAGGGCGUUUUUCAGUCUCCCGAAGCGUUGGAGGUUCUCCUGAUUGACAACAAUCCACUCGUGUGCGAUUGUCGCCUCAUGUGGAUUUUUCAGAAGCGGCACUCCAUCUUCUUCGGGGAUUCGCAGCCGGAGUGCAGCUCGUCCGAGGGCGUGCGAGGCCGACCGUUCAAGGAUUUCCAGGAGACUCUCCUGUCCUAUUACGUGACGUGUACCAAGCCAAAAAUCCGUGAAAACAAAACGCAAACAAUAACUGUGGACGAAGGCCAGCAGGCAAUGCUGCGCUGCAGUGCGGAGGGGACGCCGAGGCCCAUGGUGUCCUGGGUGUCCCCGCGUCGACGAGUCCUGACCAGUCGGAGCCACGGCAGAGUGACGGUCCACAACAACGGCACACUGGAGAUCAAGUCCGCGGAGGUACAAGACAGCGGAGUUUACCUUUGCCUUGCAUCCAACACUGCUGGGAACGAUACUCUGAUGACUUCGUUGGCGGUGAAAAGUCUGGGAUCGCUGUACGCCAACAGGACCCAGACCACUCCAGAUUCCAGCAAUACCACUGCCAACGGGACGAUUGGCAUGACCCUCGGCUUGGACCUGAAGACUAUUUUAGUGUCGACAGCUAUGGGUUGUUUCACUUUCCUGGGAGUGGUCUUGUUCUGUUUCCUGCUCCUCUUCGUCUGGAGCAGAGGAAAAGGAAAACAUAAAAACAACAUAGACGUUGAGUACGUGCCUCGGUCGAAGUCCAACGGCACCAACGUGGACUCGGCAGAGGGACCAGCUGGUGGUCGUCGUUUUAACAUGAAAAUGAUGUGACUUCUUUUAUAGACUCAAUAUUAUGCAUUGUGGAAAUGCCCAAAGUACAAUGUAUUUUUUUGGAAAUUAGAUGACUGAACUUCUCACCGCUGCAGGGAAGAGUGGUUUUGAAAAACUCUGGGGCGUCAUACCAUUAUGAGCAGUAAAUCACUGGAUCUUGUCAUAAUGUUCGGAUACUGUGUCUCAAAUAGAGGGAACUCUUAUAUAAUUGCCAGCAGGCAGUUUCUCGGAGUGGGAGCUGUUCGCGCCAUGUGGACCUGGGGGGGGGGAAGGUGUCAUUUAUCAGCUUUUUGAAGUUUAUAUGCCCAAAAAGUACCCUACAGUUUUGGGUUGACUCUAAAGACUCAGCUGAACCAUGUACAGUACAAAUUUGUAUCUAUGCUAUUAACCUACUUUGUUUAGUCUUGCGCCAUGCUUAUUCACAAAACAAUUCAAAGAAACAGACCAUUAUUUCCUACCUUCUAUAUUUUGCAUAUGUGUACUUAAUGCCUCAUUACGUACAUGUAUGUAUGUGUUAAUUCUAAAAGAACUUUUCACAGCAAUAUUCAUGGGAUGCAUUAGCCAAAAUUGAUAUAACCCUUCACCUUCAGCGGGAACAUCUUUCAGACUUGCCAUUAAUUCAGGAAGGGCUUCUAUGGCUGACUAUUUGUCCCUGCUCCUCUAAUUGACUUCUAAAUAAUAAUUCAUAUAUAUUAUUUAACAAUUAAUAAUCAAAUUGAGAGAAAAUAUGAAGAAGAGAGUUUUACAAAAAUGCAUCUUUAAACACUGUUCAGGAACUAACAGAGCGGAUCGUCCCAGCGACGACCCACUUUCCGGUCAGAUUACCUACAUGAACCACCUUUUUGUCCUCUUUACGUCUCUUUUUAUUCCUUUAACUGUACAUUUGCUGGUUGGCAAACUACAUGUGUCAAUUUUACUACGGUGACAUUUGCAUCAUUUUCCCCAGUAGGAAAAUUUGGACUUUGUUGUGGUAGUUCUUCAUUUUGUUGUUGAAUCAUUUAGAUUGUGAAAACCUCUAAAGUAAAAGUAAAAAAAAAAAAAAAGAUGUAUGUGAAAUAAAUGAAGAUGUAUUUGUACCAAUGCGUCCGUCUAAAU